UCUCCGCAAAUUCUUAAGGAAAGCUACAACAAAAGGCGGUGUACCGUAGAUACCAGAAAAUAGGAGGAACACCGGAUGAAGCACACGACAACGGUACUGUUCUUAUGCUUCGCGUUGGCGGCAGCGCUUCAUGAACCAUGUGGUCAGUUCCCGACAAAGAUCACAGCUUUGGACAACAGCACAUGUAUUCCGAAAGUCUACCGGGGAAAAGUUGACGGCUUCACACCAUACGAUAGUGGCCAGGAACAAAAUUGCACGUCAACAGUGGAGGUUAUGCUGAAUUGCACCUGCCAUAACGGUGACACCGUGUCCCAGCGGCGAUACUGUGUCCAGCACAACAUUACGAGGACGGAAGAUGACAAUACAGCAAACGUUACAGUCGGAUUGUGUGGCGAUAGAAAAUGUCACGUUUAUGACUACAGCGCUAACUUCGAGGUGGACAUGAGGGACUUGCAACUAGCUCAUAAGCUCAAGGUAUUUCCGAAGCCUCCUUGCAUCGCUUUCAACAUGAGCGUCACACCACAGCUCACGGCAGUGUCUGGUUGCGAAUUCUUUUGCUAUAAACGGGAUAACAGAGACAUCGAUGACGGGAGGCCUUGCGUGUUAGAAUGGUACCCCAGGCGAUUAACAGGUAAACCUGUUGUCACACUGACAGGGUCAUGCCACAAAGGAAUCUGCAGAGCUGCAGAUACACAUUCAUAUUCGAGCCACUUAUUACGAGAGUGCCAUGAUUAUGAACGCUACAAAAGCAGCUCCAAGGUGGUCGAGGAAUGUACGUACAAGUGUCACGGCAAAGGCCAUGCAAAUCUAAAUCGUCCAUACGGCCUCACAUGUCUGUUUCAGAGAACAAACUUUUUGAGCAGGGAUGUGCUGGGUGUCUGUCAUGCUGGAGCUUGUUCACAAGUCCGUCUUGUUGACGGAUGUAGUAAGCCAGCUUCCCAACACCGAAGAACCUCACCGAUUCCAGUUGUCGAAGGAUGCGUAUGCAAGAAAGGAAAAGUAGCACAGCCGUUGCGUGAUGGAAUAUUAUGUGUGUAUAAACACGCAUUGAGCUGGACUGGCAUGAAGUUGCAAGAAGUUGGUGUGUGCAAGAAAGGACAAUGCGUGGAACAUCCCCCCGACCAACCAGUCCACCACAAAUUUAAGAAGAAAGAGUGCAAAAUCAGUAACGUUCAAGUCUCUCCUAAGCUCAUUGUGGCAGCCGGUUGCGCCGCGACUUGCCGGCGUUAUCAGUUUGAGCAUCGCCCCAACGGUACACUGUGCCUUUUGGAAUACAAGCGAGAAGAAAUGGUUUGGCGACGAACAAAGAAGACCUAUACAAUUGGCGCGUGUUUUUCUGGGAAAUGCUUCCGUACCAGAAACAGUUGGGACAUUAAACUAUAACGUGGA